AUGUUUAAAUACACUAAGGUUCUACUCAUCGUUAAUCCUUUUCAUAAGGAAAGUCAUCCUGUGUUCUUGCAGACUUUAAUCACCUUGCAAAGCAAGGGGUUGAAGUGAUUCUUAGAGAAACCUGUUCUUGCAAAGCUUUUAGACCCUGCUUCGUUUGGAAGCUAUGAAGAGACAGAGCAUAUUGAUAUUGAUGCGAUUGAACCUCUUAUCACUACUAGAGAAGAAGUGGAACUCGCAAUUGCUUUUGGAGGGGACGGAACUAUCCUUCAUUUCUCUAAGCUUUAUUACAACUCAGCUUUCCCUGCUCCUGACCUGCUUGCUUUCAACUUCGGAUCACUUGGUUACCUAUGCUCUUUCGAAGUUGAAGACGUUUCUUGCGUCCUUCGGUAUAUCUUUGGGUGGAAGUUUGAUAAGAUUAAGCAAGAAAAACUUGUGGAAGGACCUGAAGGAAUCUGAAUAACAAGGAUGAAGAGACAGAGAUUGGCAAUAAACCUUCUUAAAGCAGAAGGAAGUAUGUUCGAGCUCCAGUCAUUUCACUUUGAAGGUGGGAAAUCUCUCGAAGCAUGAACUGCUGAGUUCAACGCUCUGAAUGAAAUCAACUUGACUUCCAGAACAGCUCUUGAGAAUGUAAAAUUAGAGGUUGCAAUCAAUGGUAAAUAUUUGACUACUUAUGAAGGAACAGGACUAGUUUUCUCAACUCCUACAGGCUCUACAAGCUAUAAUUUGUCUCUUCAUGGUUCUAUCAUCCACAAUGAUGUUGAAUGAAUUGGAAUGAUAGCUAUCUGAAAUACAGCAUCAAUCUCAAUGAAGCCUCUGAUCCUACCUGCUGAUAUUGAAAUUACAGUAAAGAACGUCUCAGACGAUCCUGAAGCUAUCAGCCAAGGUAUAUGUGACGGAAGUCUUAUAUUCAAAUUCAACCCUGGAGAUACUGUCUGAAUCUCAGGUUCAAAGUCAUACAUCCCUCAGCUGAUGAAGACUAGACGAGAUCCUACUAAAGACUGGAUGUUACGACUCAAGGAAAAACUGAGCUUGUUUGAGUACUAA